AUGAAUACUUUCAAGUUGCACCAAGGUCGACUGGAGAACCUCGACGAUAUCACCGGCUACCGCGACUAUGACGAGGCCAUCCUACCUCUGCCGGAAGCGACCAUCAAUGCCGCCGUGCGGGAUGCUGUGUACAUGCCACUGCCGUGUCUGUCAUCCCGACGAUCUCCCACCUGCAGUGCGUCGGCACCCCGUGCACUUCGCCCAAAGCCCAGCACAAGCUUCCAGGGGAUGACCGGCACCAGCGAGACCGGCCACUGUUUCCGCCUUGGACUGCGAGCUCACAAGGAUUGGCAAACUUUGUUGCUCCCGGCUGAAGACCGGCCUCUAGAUAUGGAGAAACUAUCCGCCGAGAUCCAACGUCUGGAGGCUUCCUGUCGUCGACGCAAGAAAGAACGCCAGACCAUCCAGACCUGCGACCGAGAGUGGGCGGGCCAGAAAACCAAGAUUCCGGGCAUCACUGUGUGGCACAUGGCUGAUGUCCAAGACGUGACACAGGCGAUGGAAAUUGACACACCGGGAUAUGAUGGACGCAGUGUUCAAACCACCACCCCGACAGCACAGAGUGCGCAAGGGUAUGUUGAUGGAGAGGUGCAGCCUGAUCCGCUUCCCGGCUUCCACUGCUUCUUGCAAAGAACAUUUGCGGGAUUGCAGCCUGACGGUGGGGCAUCUGGAUCGGGUCCGAUGGACCUCGAUGAGGGAUCUCCUGAAGUCUACUAUGGCUGGGCGGAUGCACGUCGGUUCCCUGGUCCGUUGAAGAGCCGACAUGAGCUCGACGCACUCCAUGCCCACAUUCAAGCAGCACCGGCGAGAGCUUUUGAGUUCUGA